UCUUGGUUGUGUGAGGCGAACACACUAUAUGAACUUAGGUUAAAACAAACACAUUCAUAAUUAUGCGUAAAAAUUACGCACAUAUUUAGACUAUUAAUGUCAGACAUUGACAGAAAAAGAGAAUGUGAAUCAGUAUAGAUUUCCAGAACUAAAAUGUCUACAACUCCAAUAAUUGUCAUUAAUUAUUGAAUGCAAUCCACCUCUUUUAGAAUGUAUUAAGAGGGACACAGCUAAAAAUUUAGUCAAAUCAGGGGCAGCUGAGAAGUAUGGCACAUAAAACCAUCUGAAAAAAAAAAUAAAAAUAAAAAAAAACAGCCUAACUGUGCCGACCAACACUUCUGAUUACGGAGCUGCACUUUGCACCUCGGCCACCUAUACUACACACCUCCGUUUCACUCCGGGCUGAGGAACUGCAGUACAAGUCUCGUGCCUAUUUAAACUCGACUACUUCUGUACUUACAUUCGUCUCCUUAAAGGCUGAAAGUCCUUUUAGCUUGAAGAAACAGAGCAGCUAUGCCAGUGCAAAAUGUGUGUGGAAGUCUGAUGCACCUGCAAAGGUACUGAUGCAUGUAGUAAGACCAAUUUUGCUUUCUCAGAGAAGAAAAGUGAUUUUAGAAAGCUGGCUGGAGCAAGUAACAUCAGAAGUCUGGCUUCCUGUAGUUGUCUGGAGGUGCUUCAGAUUCCCCAGAGGACAGAAUGCUUCUUUACUUUCCAAUUCCUCGUGUAGGUGUUAGUGGUGUAUACUCUCACGUGAGUUCUGUCUGUUUGAGGGGGAAUAUAUUCAGACUGCAGAGCACACACAGGUGGAGAAGAUGCUGUCUUAUGACUUCAUCAUCAUUUGGUAAGGCAAUACCAGUUUUUAGCAAAGCACUGCAUUAUGAGGACAGACUUGCAAUUAUAGAUCAAAAUGGCCAACACACAUAUGGAGAACUCUACAGACGCAGCAUGUUGUUGUCACAACAGAUCUGCAGUAUCUUGGGAUGUUCUAAUGGAGACAUUAAAGAGAAGCGGAUUUCCUUUUUGUGCCCAAAUGAUGCUACUUACUUGGUCGCCCAGUGGGCUUCAUGGAUUUGUGGUGGUAUUGCUGUUCCACUGUUCAGAAAACAUCCAGCAUCUGAGUUGGAGUAUGUAAUCCAUGAUUCACAGAGUGCUUUAGUAAUUGUAGAAGAAGAGUACGCAGAAACACUAAAACCCUUAGCUGAGAAGCUAAGCACACACUGCCUCCAGAUUUCAAAGGAAGUGUCCAACAGACAGCAGAAGAAUGAAAAACUGACUGAUUCUGCCAGUGACCUCCACAGCUUAGUUUCUGACUGGGCAUGCAGAGGGGCUAUGAUCUUGUACACCAGUGGAACAACAGGAAGACCAAAAGGUGUCCUGCUUACUCAUCAGAAUCUACAUGCCAUGGUAAAUAGUCUGGUUGGUGAAUGGGGAUGGACCAAAGAUGAUGUAAUUCUACAUGUGUUGCCACUGCAUCAUAUGCAUGGAAUUGUUAAUAAGUUAUUGUGCCCCCUGUGGGUUGGAGCAACCUGUAUCAUGCUGCCAGAGUUCAAUCCCGAGAAGGUCUGGGAAUACCUGCUGAGCACAGCACCUCCAGGAAUCCCACGUGUCAAUGUUUUCAUGGCAGUUCCAACGAUAUAUGUCAAACUGAUAGAGUACUGUGAUAAACAUUUCACCACAUCAUACGUUCAAGAUUUUGUACGGGCUGUAUGCCAGGAGAAAAUAAGGUUAAUGGUUUCAGGGUCUGCAGCCCUUCCUGAUAUAGUUCUGCAGAGGUGGAAAGAGAUCACAGGGCAUACUUUGCUGGAGAGGUAUGGAAUGACUGAAAUUGGAAUGGCACUUUCCAAUCCCCUGAAUGGAACUCGCAUACCAGGGUCAGUGGGCAACCCGCUUCCUGGGGUAAAGGUGUGUAUUGCAAUGGAAAACUACAAAACAAAUGGCUCUUCAUAUACCAUGAUUUGUCAAGGAAACAGCAAAGAGACUAAGGUAACCAUAGGAAUGGAGGGUAAAGAUGGUGAACUGAUGGUGAAGGGUCCUUCUGUGUUUCAAGAAUACUGGAAUAAACCCAAGGAAACCAAAGAGGCCUUUACACCUGAUGGCUGGUUUAAAACAGGAGAUACAGCUGUUUACAAAGAUGGAGUCUACUGGAUAUUGGGACGUACCUCAGUUGACAUCAUCAAGAGUGGAGGCUACAAGAUUAGUGCACUGGAUGUGGAGCGCCAUCUACUAGCACAUCCUGUUAUUGCAGAUGUAGCAGUUAUUGGUGCACCUGAUGUGACCUGGGGUCAGAAGGUCACUGCCAUUGUUCAACUGUACGAGGGGAAGUCUUUGUCUCUAAAGGAACUGAAGGAGUGGGCUAGGGAACACAUGGCACCAUAUACUAUUCCAGCAGAGUUGAUCCUGGUGGAAAACAUACCUCGUAACCAGCUUGGGAAAGUCAACAAGAAAGAUCUGCUAAAGUAUUUCUUUAGCAAAUAGUCGGUGAUGGAGUCGAACUAGUGAAAAUGGUCAGUUAUCAUCUAAUUUCAGAUGCCAGGAAUGCGAAUGAAAGGUGGAAGCUGAGAUGCUGAUGACAGUGGGACUGUUUUGCCUAGGCACAUCGGUAUCCUACCUACAUCCUUCUACUGUGACCACUGACAUCACUUCCUGCAGUAUUUUGAAACAGACCAACUAAGAAUGGCAGAAAAAGAAUACAAAAUGAUAUAUGUUUUGUCAAGACAAAGUUAAAUCAGGUCAUGUAGUGUUAGUUGUUCUGUAAAAUACAAAUGGAAGAAGCUAAUAUAUAUGCAGUUGUGCUUGAUAAAACUAAUGGUUAAAACUUUCAAAAGAAGGAUUGUUGUAUUCUGGUUGCCUUCCAGGCAUGUUCCAUGCCACAGCUGUAGUGGAAUAUUUGCUUCCAUUUUUCCAGGCAUUUUAAAUACUAUUUGCUGAUUUUAACUUAAAAAGUGACACAUGGCUCAGACUAAGAGGAAUCAUGUUCGGGCUAUAUUUUGAGACAAUGUAUUGUUGAAUUCAAGCCAGUCUUUAAAUUCAUAUAUUUUUCUAGUUAAAUGUUAUAUUCCAAUGUAUAAAGUAAAGAUGCAUGCCAUCAGAAAUGUCACACAUACCAAAGUUAACUUGGUGAAAAGGGAAUAGUCUUUAUGUUCCACAGUACUUCCAACUUUUAUGUACAUAACUUGUUUCAUAAGUUAAAUUACCAUAGGUCAUACUAAUAAAGCAAUAUAAAGACAGAAGUAAAUUUAUUUUAUACUAAUUUAUAGUAAUGCUAUUUUAACCAUGUCAGAAUAGAAUACAUGUAAGUGAGUCAUGACAGAUAGUUUUAUACAUGAAGUGCUGUGACACUGACUGCCAACUCCAGUCUCUACCAUUUUCAGAAACCAAUAAUCCAAAGCACACUUCCUUAGUGAUUAAGCACAUAAUGCAGUGGGUUUUACCUUCUCGUGUAUUACACACACACACACACACACACACACACACACACAA